AUGCCUGACGACGACAGGGCCAAUUCAUACGACGAGCAAUCCCAGCACCCUCCCAAUCUACCACAACCACGCGACUCACUUUCGCUUUCACUUUCUCACUCUCAGGAAUCCACCGGUAGCCCACAGCGACCUUCGUAUUCACCUGUCACCCCGACCUUGUCACAGGCCAGUUUGGGUGCUCAAGACGAUGCUCCGGUAGGAUUGCCACCAUCUCAAUGGAUGGAAGAACCGGAUCCCUUGCCUCUCAGUCUGGACGAGAACCCGGACGCCAUUGCCCUACGGGCAGCCCUUUCAAUUCUGCAAAUCCAACGCCAGCAGGCUUUGCGCGAUAUGAGAGACUUGGAUAAGAUGAAAGAAGCCGCCUUGAACGAUCCAGAGCAAUUCGUCAAGGACCUAGAACAUGGCAAACUCUCGCACUCUUCACGUACUGGCAUCGAGAACCCUGAUUCAGCCUCUCCAGAAAUCGUGCCAAGUCAUCAAGACCCCUCAAAGUUCGGAACUUUCCCAGCCGCACAGAGUGUAGUUCGUGCUCCCCCUGUCGAGUGGGCCAAAUAUCACAUUGUUGGCGAACCGCUAGAUCGACUUCACGAAGUUCAGCAGCACUAUCCGGGCUUCACGGAAAGUUCACACACACCAGUGGAUGCACACCAGCCUCACGAAAUCGCAGCUCCAUAUCGGCCAUUCAUAGAUCGCAUUGAUCAGAGUCAGUCUAGCUCCAAAAGGCCAGCGUCCUGA